AGGAAAGGGUUUCUUGAUUAUUGGAAGCCAUCCACAAUUAGUUGAGUUUUCUUUCUUCUCCACAAAGCAAAAAAAACAAAAAACCAAAACCAUAGAACAAAACAACAAUUGCAAGAUGGAUUGGGUACGAGGAGAAACUGUUGGAAGAGGAAGCUUUGCAACUGUUAAUUUAGUUAUACCCAAAAGCAAUUCAAAUUCCACUCCGACAGCCGUCAAAACAUCCGAGGUUUCAACCUCGUCUUCACUCAAAAACGAGAAAUAUGUUCUUCAUCAACUUGGUUCUUGUCAAAGAAUCAUUCCUUGUUUUGGAGAUGAUUACACUUUUGAGAAUGGCAAAGAGUAUUACAAUUUAUUCCUCGAAUACGCUUCUGCGGGUACUCUCUCCGAUCAGGUGAAACUCAAUGGUGGCCGGAUACCGGAGCAACACAUUCGUCGUUACACGAGGUCAAUCGUUGAGGGACUUGAUCACAUUCAUCGCAAUGGAUUUGUUCAUUGUGAUAUAAAGCUUCAAAAUAUUUUGGUAUUCAAUGAUGGUGAAAUCAAAAUUGCUGAUUUUGGUCUUGCCAAGAAAACAGGGGAAAAACAGAGUUUUGAAUGCAGAGGAACCCCGCUUUUUAUGUCGCCGGAAUCAGUAAACAAUGGCGAGCAUGAAUCUCCCGCGGAUAUUUGGGCACUUGGGUGUGCAGUGGUGGAGAUGGUAACUGGAAAACCAGCUUGGAAUUUGGAGAAAGAUUCAAAUAUGUGGUCGUUGUUGCUUCAGAUUGGUGCCGGAGAAGAAUCGCCGUUGAUACCCGAAGAAUUAUCGAAAGAAGGAAAAGAUUUUGUUGAGAAGUGUUUUGUGAAAGAUCCAAGAAAAAGAUGGACGGCUGAGAUGCUUUUGAAUCAUCCUUUUGUUGAAGAAGUGAUUAAUGUUAAUGAAUCGUCGCCAAGAAAUCACUUUGAUUUCAAUGAUUGGGUUUCCGAUGCUAGUGAUUCAGUUCCAAGUUCACCGGAAUCGGAAGACUCAAAUCAAUGGGAUUUUGAUUCUAAAUUUUGUUCCGCGGUGGAUCGGCUCCGGCAGCUUGUGACUGAUCAAGGGCCGAUGAGUUGGUCGAGAUCAGAUAGUUGGAUUAGUGUUAGGUGAAAUUGGAGUUUUGUUUUGACAGAGUAAUUAGAAGUAGAAGAUGGAUCAUUGUGAUGAUGGUUCGAUUUUGAUAAUUCAAAUUCGUUUAUUCUAAUCCUUAGAAUGUAAAUUUGGUAGGAAAUUAGCAUAUCCUUGACUUGGGAUCUUAUUAGUUGAUGGAAGAGUUUUAACUGGCCAUGCUUGUGGCCCUUUUGUAUAGAGGCUGAUUUAACAAAUACAAUACUAUGUUUUUUGCCUUCUCUUAA